AGCAUGAGAAGAAGAAUUUGCUAGACAACAAGAAGAACCUAUAAAUUAAAUAUCAAAGCUAUAAAAAGAGAGUUAACAGGUCAUGUAGUAAAAAGUUGGAACAGAGCCUCAGAAGUUAUUUUAUUGGAAAAGGAUUAUACUGCUUCUAUUGAUGUUUGGUCAAUUGGUUGUUAAUUUGUAGAAUUAUUAAAUAUGUUGAAACAAAAUAUACCUCCAUUAUUCCCAGGAACAAGUUGUUUCCCUUUACUUUAAAAAAUUAGAGAUAAAAUAAAAGGAAACUGUUGCACCUGGUAUUUAUAUUCAUUCAACUUUUGAACCUUUAUAUUUAAACUUUGAAUAAGAAGG